AUGGGGCUCAUUAUGUUGAAAAUUGGCUUCCCCUUCCUCCUCCUCGUUUCACUCCAUGUCGACCGUGCGAUGAGCUGCACCCAUGACCACAUCAACCACCGCUGCUCCACAACUGGUAAUUACACAGCUGGGAGCGUGUAUGAACUGAACAUGGAGGCCGUCUUCUCAACCUUGACAAAAGAUGCUCCUCCCUUUGGUUUUUCCAACGUCACAGUGGGCCAAGGAUCGGAGACAGUCUAUGGCCUGGUUCAAUGUAGAGGCGAUGUUGAUCAGCAGGACUGCAAGGCGUGCAUCUUCAAUUCCACCAUACAAAUCGUCGAAUACUGCCCCAACACAAUGGAUGCCAUCAUAUGGUAUCAAAAGUGCCAGCUUCGCUACUCCAACACCGAUUUCUUUGGUAAGCUAAACGUGGAUGAUUCUGGCGGUUGGCAUUGGACAAGCGGUAAAGUGACGGACAGUAAAGGGUUCAACGAGAAGUUGGGCCAUCUGCUGAAGGAUCUAACUUCUCUAGCAACAACAGAGCCAGCUUCAAAGUUAAUGUUUGCUACCGGCAACAUCCCAUACACCGAUCUGCAGACGAUAUACGGGCUCGCGCAGUGCACCAGAGAUACCAGCCUUGCUGAUUGUAAGCAGUGUUUGGAUACCACCAGGUCCCAGAUCCCAACGACCUGCGACACUGCACACGGCUGUGAAAUUGCCACGGGAAGUUGCCGGGUGGUCUACGAUACACAGCUCUUUUAUCAUACCACAACAGAUCCAAGCCUACUUCCUCAGUCCAAUUCAGCAUCAGGACUACCUCCUCAGUACAAUUCAGGAUCACCUCAAGGUGCGGGAAGAAACUUUAUGUUUGUCAUAAUCGUCAUCUUGAUUGUGGUUCUUGCUACUUGCGUCCUUUGUGGCUUUUACUGGUGGAGGAGACAGUUUUGUUGCUUUGAAAGAAAGAAGUUGAAUCCAAGCGGAUUGCAGAGGAACGAAGAAGAGGAGGAGACCAUACAACAACAAGUGGAGAUAAUUUCAGCUUCUAGGGGAACGGAUGCGAUGGAUGGACUAAGAUUUGAUCUGGCCACUAUCAGAUUUGCCACCAACGAUUUUGCGCCGGCAAAUAAGCUUGGAAAAGGAGGAUUCGGUGCAGUUUACAGGGGCCAACUACUAGAUGGUCAAGAAAUUGCUGUAAAGAGAUUGUCAUGCAAUAUAGGAAACGGCCCGAAGCAAUUCCACAAUGAGGUGCAGACACUUGCUAAACUUCAACAUAGAAAUCUUGUCCGGCUUUUAGGAGGCUAUAUGGAAGGUGAAGAAAAGAUGCUCAUCUAUGAGUAUGUGCGCAAUGCUAGCCUGAACAAUUUUCUCUUCGAGCCAACAAAGCGUCUGCAACUGGACUGGGCAAUUCGUUCCAACCUCAUCAAUGGAACAGCCAGAGGACUUUUAUAUCUUCAUGAAGAAUCGCGGCUGAGAAUUGUUCACAGGGAUCUGAAAGCAAGCAACGUUUUAUUAGAUGAAGACAUGAUUCCCAAAAUCUCAGACUUUGGCACUGCAAGGAUCUUUAACACAGAUCAAACACAAGCAGAAACAAAUGAGAUUAUGGGGACCCGUGGGCAUAUGGCACCGGAAUAUCUGCUUGAAGGGAAAGUAUCAGUAAAAAUAGACGUUUUCAGCUUUGGUGUUUUGCUGCUGGAGAUUAUAAGUGGAAAACAGAAUUUCUAUUUCUGUGAACAACAGACGAAUGAGAAUCUACUAAAUUAUGCAUGGAGAGUUUGGAGGGAGAACAGGGCUAUGCAAAAUGUGGAUGAAAUAUUGGAGGGAGCUUUUGACAAAAAUGAGAUAUUAAGAUGCAUCCAUAUUGGCCUGCUCUGUGUCCAAGAAGAUGCAUCAAGUAGGCCAAAAAUGUCCGCGGUUGUUGCAAUGCUUGAAAACGGCUCCUUGAUUCUCCCAGCCAUUUCGCCUCCUGCCCCUUCUAUCUGGAAAACCAGAAACAUUUCAUUGGCACCACAGACAAUCUCAACUACAUCAGGAACUGGUCCAGAGUUCGGUUCAUCUAGUUAUUGA